AUGAACACAAUCAGAUCUACUUGGCUUGGAUGGGGCAGCCUCUGCGUUGCCGGCGGAGGAGCCUACUACUUUGCGAAGCAAUCCGUCAAUGCCGACCGACAAUCUCGAUUUGAUGCCGAGCUGAAACGAAAGGCUCAAAUGAAGGCCAUUGAGGAGGAGCACCGCCGUCAAGCACUCGUAGGAGAUGCAACCCCAACUUCCACUCGAAUCCCCAGCGAUGAUGCGAGUUUGAAGCGCGCGAACGCCGCCCAAUACCAGAACGCGGCCGACGAUGUCGCCUCGCCUAGUGCAGAGGCUUCACACGACCCUGCUGCCACGCGCCACGAGCCUUUGACAGAUAAUGAACGCGUGCUCGAAAAGGGAAAAUAUGAGGCGGCAGCGCCAUUCCGCCCUCCGCCUGGGAACCGUCUAUAA